UACUUCUAGGGCUUUCUGGGUUUUGUGCUUAGAAGAAAGAGAGAGAAAGAAAGAGCGAAAAGAAGUAAAGCAGAGGCAUUUGUCUCUAGGGUUUGCGUUAGGGUUUUGAACAUCUGAGUGAGAAUGGGGUUCCAAAUGCAGCCAUACGGGAUACAAUCGAUGCUGAAAGAGGGCCACAAACACCUCUCCGGUCUCGACGAAGCGGUCAUCAAAAACAUCGAUGCCUGCAAGCAGCUCUCCGCUAUCACUCGCACCUCUCUUGGUCCCAAUGGUAUGAACAAGAUGGUUAUUAAUCAUUUAGACAAGCUCUUUGUCACAAAUGAUGCUGCCACUAUUGUGAAUGAACUCGAGGUUCAACAUCCUGCUGCCAGGAUUCUUGUUUUAGCGAGCAAGGCCCAACAGGAGGAAAUUGGGGAUGGAGCUAAUUUAACGAUUUCUUUUUCUGGAGAGCUCCUCCAAAACGCGGAGGAACUUAUAAGGAUGGGCCUGCACCCAAGUGAGAUAAUCAGUGGAUACACCAAAGCAAUAAAUAAGACAAUUGAAAUCUUAGAAGAACUGGUCGAGAAGGGUUCUGAGAAUAUGGAUGUGCGUGAUAAGAAUCAAGUCAUUUCUCGAAUGAAAGCUGCUGUUGCUAGCAAGCAAUUUGGUCAAGAAGAUAUUUUGUGCUCGCUUGUUGCUGAUGCAUGCAUCCAAGUGUGCCCCAAAAACCCAGCAAAUUUUAAUGUGGAUAAUGUCCGUGUUGCUAAGCUAUUGGGAGGGGGCUUGCAUAAUUCUACUGUUGUUCGUGGUUUGGUUUUGAAAAGUGAUGCCAUGGGGAGUAUAAAGCGAGUGGAGAAGGCAAAGGUUGCUGUAUUUGCUGGUGGAGUUGAUACAUCUGCAACUGAAACAAAAGGAACUGUCUUAAUUCAUACUGCUGAGCAGCUAGAGAAUUAUUCAAAAACUGAAGAAGCAAAAGUUGAGGAGCUUAUCAAAGCAGUUGCGGAUUCAGGUGCUAAAAUAAUUGUCAGUGGAGCAGCAGUUGGAGAGAUGGCAUUGCACUUCUGUGAGCGUUACAAGCUCAUGGUUCUGAAAAUCAGUUCAAAAUUUGAAUUGCGUCGGUUUUGCCGUACAACUGGUGCUGUUGCCAUGUUGAAGCUGUGUCAGCCUAACCCAGAUGAUUUGGGACAUGUUGAUUCUAUUUCAGUUGAGGAAAUUGGUGGUGUUAGGGUGACUGUUGUCAAGAAUGAAGAAGGUGGGAACACGGUUUCCACUGUGGUUUUACGAGGAAGUACCGAUAGUAUACUAGAUGACCUUGAAAGAGCAGUUGAUGAUGGAGUCAACACCUACAAGGCUAUGUGCCGGGACAGCCGUAUUGUACCUGGAGCUGCAGCUACUGAGAUUGAGUUAGCUAGAAGAGUGAAGGAAUUCUCUUAUAAAGAAACAGGAUUGGAUCAAUUUGCAAUAGCAAAAUUUGCUGAAAGCUUUGAGAUGGUUCCUAGAACACUGGCCGAAAAUGCUGGGCUUAAUGAAAUGGAGAUCAUAUCUUCUCUAUAUGCUGGACAUGCAUCUGGAAAUAGCAAAGUGGGUAUUGACUUGGAGGAAGGUGUUUGCAAGGAUGUCUCAACUUUGAAUGUCUGGGACCUCUACAUCACUAAGUUUUUUGCACUCAAAUAUGCUGCAGAUGCUGCAUGCACUGUACUACGGGUAGACCAGAUUAUAAUGGCAAAGCCAGCAGGUGGUCCAAAGAGAGGUGAUCAGCCUGCGGGGAUGGAUGAGGACUAGUUUCAGUGGAAAUUAAUCUCUUAUCUUGCUUUUGUCUCGCAAGGAAGUUUCCUGAACUUGGUUAGGCAUCUCGUUUUCUUUCAGAUGUCAAAAAACUUGUGUUUAAAAAAAAAAUUUUGUUUGACGUAGGAAAAAUGUAUUAAAUUAGUGUGAGGAUUGGGAAUGCUGGUUGUUUUUAGUUUAAUAUAUCAGCCUGUAGCUUUUUAAUGGAAACGUGAUUGUGGUUUGAACCUUUCUUUCGGAAAAAUUAACUUGUCAUUUUGAAAAGAAGCUAUUGGUACGACCAAGUUUAAUUUGUAAAUGUUGGGUAUUUACUAUUU